AUGAGCGGCGCCAGCCCCGCCGCCCUGGGCCCGGACUGGCGGCAGUUCUGCGAGCUGCACGCACAAGCGGCCGCCGUGGACUUCGCGCACAAGUUCUGCCGCUUUCUGCGGGACAACCCGGCCUACGACACACCCGACGCCGGCACCUCCUUCUCCCGCCAUUUCGCCGCCAACUUCCUGGACGUCUUCAGUGAGGAGGUGCGCCGCGUGCUGGUGGGCGGACCGUCUGAGCGCAACACCGCCAUGGAGCCGGAUGCGGGGGGACACCAGGCCCUAAAGACUGCGACUUACGGUCACUCCCGGAGCUCAGAGGACGUGUCGCAUGUCACGGCCAAGGCUCGCGUCCGCAAAGGCUUCUCGCUGCGCAACAUGAGCCUGUGCGUCGUGGACGGCAUGCGCGACAUGUGGCACCGGCGCGCAGAGCCCGAGGCCAACGCCACCCCGAGGGCUGCCGAGCCCGCCGCCGAGCCACGCGACAAGUGGACGCGGCGCCUGCGGCUGUCACGGACGCUGGCUGCCAAAGUGGAGUUGGUGGACAUCCAGAGGGAGGGCGCCCUGCGCUUCAUGGUGGCAGACGACUCGGCCACCGGACCUGGAGGAAGUGCCCAGUGGCAAAAGUGCCGCCUGCUGCUACGCCGGGCUGUCGCUGGGGAGCGCUUCCGCCUGGAGUUCUUCGUGCCACCCAAGGCCUCCAGACCCAAGGUCAGCAUCCCCCUCUCAGCCAUCAUCGAGGUCCGCACCACCAUGCCCCUGGAGAUGCCAGAGAAGGACAACACAUUUGUGCUCAAGGUGGAGAAUGGAGCGGAGUACAUCCUGGAGACCAUUGACUCGCUGCAGAAACAUUCGUGGGUGGCUGACAUCCAGGGCUGUGUGGACCCGGGGGACAGUGAGGAAGAUGCUGAGCUCUCCUGUGCCCGGGGAGGCUGUCUGGGCAGCCGCGUGUCCUCCUGUAGCUGUGAGCUCCUGGCCGACGUUGACCUGCCCCGGCCCCCAGAGACAACAGCAGCUGGGGGUGCGGUGGUGACCGCUCCACAUGGCCGCUCUCGGGAUGCCAUCGGGGAGUCUCUGGUCCGUGUCCCACUAGAGACCUUCCUACAGACCUUGGAGUCCCCUGGUGGCAGUGGCAGUGAUAACAGUAACACAGGGGAGGAAGGUACGGAGCCUGAGGCAGAUUCUGAGCCUGACCUGGAACUCUCUGACUACCCAUGGUUCCACGGGACACUGUCACGGGUCAAGGCCGCUCAGCUGGUCCUUGCGGGGGGCCCACGGAGCCAUGGUCUCUUCGUAAUCCGCCAGAGUGAGACUCGACCUGGGGAGUAUGUGCUGACCUUCAACUUCCAGGGCAAAGCGAAGCACCUGCGCCUGUCCCUGAAUGGCCAGGGCCAAUGCCACGUACAGCACCUGUGGUUUCAGUCUGUGCUGGACAUGCUCCGCCACUUCCAUACCCACCCCAUCCCGCUGGAGUCCGGGGGCUCCGCCGACAUCACCCUUCGAAGCUAUGUGCUUGCGCAGGGUCCCCUGCCUGAGCCGGGGCCCGCGCCCAGUGUUGUGCCCGCCGUGCCCGCCUGCUGGAGCGAGCCCGCCGGCCAACACUAUUUCUCCAGCCUUGCGCCGGCUGCCACUCCACCAGCCUCAACCUCUGAGCUGCCCGCCGCCGCCUCCACCACCACCGCAGGCGCCUCGGCCACCGCUGCCCUGCCUGCGCCCCCACGUGCUGCUGAUGGCCCCCGCAGCGACAGCGCUGAGCGUCUACGGGACCCCCCGGGCAGUGGCUCCGAUGAGACCCCCGAGGGGGGCGCUGAGGGCACUCGGGGCCGUCCCAGAGCUGUGGAGAACCAGUAUUCCUUCUACUAG